AAGAAAUAUAACUUUAUAAUAAUGAAAAUAGUUAUUGAUUUUAGCGGUUAUUAUAAUCGCAGUAAUAAAUUUGAAAUAAAAGAAUUUUGUAUGUGCCGAUUAUUUAAUUCCACAGUGAUAAAUAAACCAGUCAUAAUUAUUAAAGAUCCAUUGCUUUCUAUUCCGUUGCAAUCGGACAAUAAUAGUUACAAAGAUUUUAUUGAUAAAUUCGGUAUCAGAGACACUCGUAGUUCCUAUAAAUUGAAUCAAUUACGUCAAAAAGUAAAAAGAGUGAUUAAUAAAAAUAGUAAGACUUAUGUGAGAAAUGGUGAGCAAUUAAUUAAAUUGAUAAGUUUUAUCAAUGACAGUAACUUCAAUUGUAAUAAAAUAAAAUUAUUGAGUGAUAUAGGUUUUCCUGAAAAUUACGAAUUGACUAAAACCAAUUGUCCGUAUCAUAUUAAUAAAGCAAAUAAUUAUUGCGCGGGUGAUAACGCUAGAUUAAUGGCUGAUUGGUUGGUGUACCGUAAAUGGAAGAAAAGAAGAUCCCGUAGAAAUAUGCAAUUAGUUAUUAAUUUUAGUGGCUAUUAUGAUUAUGAUACUGUAUUCAGAAUUAAAGAACUGAGUAUUCGUGGAUUAAGUAAUGAUGGCAAUAUCAUUUAUCAUAAACUAUAUGUUACUAAACCAGAAUAUGAUUCAAGUAGUUCUAUUAAUGAAAUAGUCAAAAACAAAUUCAAUGAUAUUUAUUAUGAUGAAUUCGGAAUUAAGUACGAAGAUGGUAACUAUGAAUUAUUACGUCUAAAUAAAAAAAUUAGUAAAAUUUUGAAUCAUUAUGAUAUUAAAACAAUUUAUGUUAAAAACUAUAAUUAUUACAAUCUAUUGAAUAAAAUUGUGGCAAAUAUUAAACAAUUUGACGUUAUUUGUUUGGAAGAGUGUAAUUAUGUUGAAAAUAAUGAUAUUAAUUUCGUCUGUCAGUAUCAUACACAUGAGGACAUUAAUAAAAAUGUAUGUGUGGAUAAUAGCGGAAUGAAUAUGGUUAAUUGGAUAAUAUCUAAUGAGUUUUAUAAAUAUGAGGUUAGAGGUCAGUUUUUUAAAAUAAAAUUAAGUGAAUAUAUUGAUGAUGAAUUGGUUAAUAAAUUUAUAAUAGAUGGUAACAAUGAAUUACCAGUACUUAGUUCUGAUGAUUUAGAAUGAUUAUAAAAUGAUUUUGAUGAUCUUUGAAAAAUUAAUCAUAAUGACUUGGAAUUAUUAA